AUGUGCGAUGAAGGCCGCCCGACAUGUCUCCUCUGCACAAUGUCAAAUCGAGACUGCAGCUUCGCCUCUGACCCGCAACCACCCCAAGACACAAACUACUCGACCCCGGAAUUAUCAUCUCGCGAAGGAUCACUCCUCAGCCCCGGCGCUAGCCUCAGAUCAACGAGCGCAACAUCCCUUUCCGACAGCCAUGAACAGUCGUUCGAUAGCGUUGUCAACAUGGAGCACAUGGAACUCUUUAUCCAUGGGAUAACAAACAAAGACUUGUUUAGUCUUGGCGAUAAAGUUGAACAUUCCCAAGAGACGCUUCAUAUCUGCCUCAAAGAGAGCGUCAUGGCACCAUAUCUCUUGCAUCAAGUGCUGGCAUUUUCUGCACGUCAUCUGGCGGCCAUUCAUCCUGAGCGCUCGGAGAAAUAUCUGCACCAAGCUGUUGAGUUGCAAACACGAGCCGUUUCGUUAUUCAACUCGACAAAGCGAGAAGUCGAUUCGUCGAAUUGUCUCCCUAUUCUCUUGUUCUCAGUUACUCUAGGCCAUCACCUCCUCGCCGACGCCUUGGCUACCCGAACUUCAGAUGGUCUUGAUGGGUUUCUUACUCAUUACGUACAGUGUGUUGAGAUGAACUGGGGUUUAUAUCGUUUGACACUCUCCGCAUGGCCUUUACUUCUCAACACGGAGCUUGAACCAGUUUUGUCAUGGAGUAGUCAACAAUCCUCCAAAGACCCCACAGGAAAACACUGUGAACCCAUAGCCCAGCUCAUCAACGACUCGACUUCUUUGUCAAAUGACGAAAAAGAAGUCUGCCACGAAGCAAUACAGUACCUCCAGCUCGGUUUUGAUGCCAUAGAAGAGGACGUUGCCAGUCGAUAUCGCAUGAUAUUCCAGUGGACGAUGCUAGCGUCACCCGGGUUGACAAGCUUGUUAGCUACAAAACGGCCAGAAGCUCUGAUCUUGCUGGGUUAUUACGCCUUGUUAUUGCACCACGGACGAAGUCUCUGGCAGGUUGAGGAUACAGGGGUAUACCUGCUUGGACUUAUCAUGGACUAUCUUGCACCGGAGUGGCAUAUCUGGCUUGAGUAUCCACAACGAGUAGUGCGACAAAAGUGA